CCACUGGCGGAUCCAGUUUGCACAAGCAGCAUCAGCAAUGGAUGAGACCUCCCCCAGGCUGGAAGAAGACUGGAAAAAAGGCCUUCAGCGAGAAGCGAGCUGGCAGUGUGCUGCUCUGGUUGGUGAAGACCAGCCUCUUUGCCCAGAUCUUCCUGAACUUGACCUUUCUGAACUCGACGUGAACGACUUGGAUACAGACAGCUUUCUGGGUGGACUCAAGUGGUGCAGUGACCAAUCAGAAAUAAUAUCCAAUCAGUACAACAAUGAGCCUUCAAACAUAUUUGAGAAGAUAGAUGAAGAGAAUGAGGCAAACUUGCUAGCAGUCCUCACAGAGACACUGGACAGUCUUCCUGUGGAUGAAGACGGAUUGCCCUCAUUUGAUGCGCUGACAGAUGGAGAUGUGACCACUGAGAAUGAGGCUAGUCCUUCCUCCAUGCCUGACGGCACCCCUCCGCCUCAGGAGGCAGAAGAGCCGUCUCUACUUAAGAAACUCUUACUGGCACCAGCCAAUACUCAGCUAAGUUAUAAUGAAUGCAGUGGUCUCAGUACCCAGAACCAUGCAAACCAUAAUCACAGGAUCAGAACAAACCCUGCAGUCGUUAAGACCGAGAAUUCAUGGAGCAAUAAAGCGAAGAGCAUUUGUCAACAGCAAAAGCCACAAAGACGUCCCUGCUCGGAGCUUCUCAAGUAUCUGACCACAAACGAUGACCCACCUCACACCAAACCCACAGAGAACAGGAACAGUAGCAGAGACAAAUGCACCUCCAAAAAGAAGUCCCACACACAAUCACAGUCUCAACAUUUACAAGCCAAACCAACAACUUUAUCUCUUCCUCUGACCCCAGAGUCACCAAAUGACCCCAAGGGUUCCCCAUUUGAGAACAAGACUAUUGAACGAACCUUAAGUGUGGAACUCUCUGGAACUGCAGGCCUAACUCCGCCCACUACUCCUCCUCACAAAGCCAACCAAGAUAACCCUUUCAGGACUUCUCCAAAGCUGAAGUCCUCUUGCAAGACUGUGGGACCUCCACCAUCAAAGAAGCCCAGGUACAGUGAGCCUCCUGGCACCCAAGGCAAUAACUCCACCAAGAAAGGGCCUGAGCAAUCUGAGUUGUAUGCACAACUCAGCAAGACCUCUGUGCCCACCAGUGGACACGAGGAAAGGAAGGCCAAGCGGCCCAGUCUACGGCUGUUUGGUGAUCAUGACUAUUGUCAGUCAAUUAAUUCCAAAACGGAGAUACUCAUUAAUAUAUCACAGGAGCUCCAAGACUCUAGACAACUAGAAUAUAAAGAUGCCCCCUCCGACUGGCAGGGGCAGAUUCGUUCUUCCACAGAUUCAGACCAGUGCUACCUGAGAGAGACUCCGGGCGCGGGCAAGCAGGUCUCUCCUUGCAGCACCAGAAAACAGCUCCAAGACCAGGAAAUCCGAGCCGAGCUGAACAAGCACUUCGGUCAUCCCAGUCAAGCUGUUUUUGACGACGAAGCAGACAAGCCCAGUGAACUGAGGGACAGUGAUUUCAGUAAUGAACAAUUCUCCAAACUACCUAUGUUUAUAAAUUCAGGACUAGCCAUGGAUGGCCUGUUUGAUGACAGCGAAGAUGAAAGUGAUAAACUGAACUACCCUUGGGAUGGCACGCAAUCCUAUUCAUUGUUCGAUGUGUCGCCUUCUUGCUCUUCUUUUAACUCUCCAUGUAGAGAUUCCGUGUCACCACCCAAGUCCUUAUUUUCUCAAAGACCCCAAAGGAUGCGCUCUCGUUCAAGGUCCUUUUCUCGACACAGGUCGUGUUCCCGAUCACCAUAUUCCAGGUCAAGAUCAAGGUCCCCAGGCAGUAGAUCCUCUUCAAGAUCUUGCUACUACUAUGAGUCAAGCCACUGCAGACACCGUGCGCACCGAAAUUCUCCUCUGUGUGCAAGAUCACGUUCCAGGUCGCCCUACAGCCGUAGGCCCAGGUAUGACAGCUACGAGGAAUAUCAGCACGAAAGGCUGAAGAGGGAAGAAUACCGCAAAGAGUAUGAGAAGCGGGAGUCUGAAAGGGCCAAACAAAGGGAGAGGCAGAGGCAGAAGGCAAUUGAAGAACGCCGCGUGAUUUACGUUGGUAAAAUCAGACCUGACACGACACGGAGGGAACUGAGGGACCGUUUUGAAGUUUUUGGUGAAAUUGAGGAGUGCACAGUAAAUCUGCGGGAUGAUGGAGACAGCUAUGGUUUCAUUACCUACCGUUAUACCUGUGAUGCUUUUGCUGCUCUUGAAAAUGGAUACACUUUGCGCAGGUCGAAUGAAACUGACUUCGAGCUGUACUUUUGUGGACGCAAGCAAUUUUUCAAGUCUAACUAUGCAGACCUAGAUUCAAACUCAGAUGACUUUGACCCUGCUUCCACCAAGAGCAAGUAUGACUCUCUGGAUUUUGAUAGUUUACUGAAAGAAGCUCAGAGAAGCUUGCGCAGGUAACAUGUUCCCUGGCCGAAGAUGACAGAGGGACGGUGAAUACCUCACGGGACAGCGCGUCCUUCCCUAACUGACUAUCGCAAGUCAUACUUAGGAAUUUCUCCUACUUUACACUCUCUGUAUAAAACAAAACAAAACAACAACAAUACAACAAGAACAACAACAACAAUGGUUUACAUGAACACAGCUGCUGAAGAGGCAAGAGACAGAAUGGAUAUCCACUAUGCACUGUAAAUGCAGCCUUCUUUUCAAAACUGCUAAAUUUUUCUUAAUCAAGAAUAUUCAAAUGUAAUUAUGAGGUGAUACAAUUAUUGUACACUAACAUAUUUAGAAGCUGAACUUACUGCUUAUAUAUAUUUGAUUGUAAAAACAAAAAGACAGUGUGUGUGUCCGUCAAGUGCAACAACAACAAAAUGAUGCUUUACGCACAUCCAUCCCUUCUUACGUGAGCUUCAAUCCGAGCAUCUUGUCAAGAAAUAUCCUAGCCCCCCCAAAGGUAUUAACCACUUAUGCGAUAUUUUUCCACAUUUUCUUGUUGCUUGUUUUUCUUUGAAGUUUUAUACACUGGAUUUGUUAGGGGAAUGAAAUUUUCUCAUCUAAAAUUUUUCUAGGAGAUAUCAUGAUUUUAUGUAAAGUCUCAAUGGGUAACCAUUAAGAAAUGUUUUUAUUUUCUCUAUCAACAGUAGUUUUGAAACUAGAGGUCAGAAAUCUUUUUAAAAUGCUGUUUCGUUUUAAUUUUUGUGAUUUUAAUUUGAUAUAAAAUGCUGAGGUAAUAAUUACAGUAUGAUUUUUACAAUAAUUAAUGUGUGUCUGAAGACUAUUCUUGAAGCCAGUAUCUCUUUCCCUUGGCAGAGUAUGAUGAUGGUAUUUAUCUGUAUUUUUUACAGUUAUGCAUCCUGUAUAAAUACUGAUAUUUCAUUCCUUUGUUUACUAAAGAGACAUAUUUAUCAGUUGCAGAUAGCCUAUUUAUUAUAAAUUAUGAGGGGAUGAAAAUAAUAAAGCCAGUGGAAAUUUUCUACCUAGGAUGCAUGGCAACUGUCAGGUUGCAGUUGAAACGUUUCAUUUGGAAAACUCAGCUUUUGCAGAAGCAGUGUUUCUACUUGCUCUAGCUUGGCCUCUGACGUGACCAUGAUGUUGUUCUUGAUGACAUUGCUUCUGCUAAAUUCAAUAAAAACUUCAGAAAAACCUCCAUUUUGAGCAUCAGGAUUUCAUCUGAGUGCGGAGCCCCCGGAAAGGAAAUCAGGAAAGUUUGGAGUGUGUAUUCAAGUUUCUAAAUUGAGAUUCGAUUACAUUUUGGCCGCCAUGACUUUUCUGGAAGAUGUGACACACCUACUACUUAACCGUUCUUUUCCUUUCUUUCGCCCAACACAAUCUUAUAAAACGGAUUUCACCCCCAGGUCAAUGCAGCUAAUUUUGAUAGCUGUAUUCAUUUAUCACCAGCAUAUUGUGUUCUGAGUGAAUCCACUGUCUGUCCUGUCGGAUGCUUGCUUGAUUUUUUGGCUUCUUAUUUCUAAGUAGAUAGAAAGCAAUAAAAAAAUAUGAAAUAAAAGAACUUGUUCACAGGUUCUGCGUUACGGCAGUAACACAUCUUUAAUCCGCCUAAUUCUUGUUGUUCUGUAGGUUAAAUGCAGAUAUUUUAACUCUGUGUGAACGCCAAACUAAAGUUUACAGUCUUUCUUUCAGAAUUUUGAGUAUCUUCUGUUGUAGAAUAAUAAUAAUAAAAAAGACUAUUAAGAGCAAUAAAUUAUUUUUAAGAAAUCAAUAUUUAGUAAAUCAUAUUAUGUGUUCAAGGACCAGAUGCGUUCUCUAUUUUGCCUUUAAAUUUUUGUGAUCCAAUUUUAAAUACAUUCUCCUUUUUGCCCUGGAUUGUUGACAUGAGUAAAAUACUUGGUUUCUUUUCUUACUUUUCAAAAAGACAACACUACAGAUUUCACGUUGAGGAUUAAUUUAUCCCCACUCUGGCCUGACAAAUUUUCUUACCAUGAAGAUAGUUUUCCUCCAUGGACUUCAAAUUGCAUCUAAAAUUAGUGCAAAGAGAGAAUCGCUAAACCAUCCAAGUAGAGCUUUUUGUAUCUUAUGCAGACCCUGUGGGUAGCCCAUCAAAAUGUAAACUGUGUUCCGUUUAUUUUUAUUUGUAAUUUUUUUUGGAGAGAAUCUUUCCAAUGAACACAUGCACACCAUCAUCACUGGAGGCAAAUUUCAGCAUAGAUCUAUAGGAUUUUUAGAUGACUGUGGGCCAUUGCCUUCUUGCUGUGGUAAGUACCACAUCUACAAUUUUGGGAACUGAAUCGGUGCUUUAGAAAUAUGGGUUUUUUUCUUUUUUUUAAAGAGAUGUAGCAGAAUAAUUCUUCCAGUGCAACAAAAUCAAUUUUUGCUAAACGACUCUGAGAACAACGCUAUUGGGCUGUCAACAUUCAAAGCAGCAGAGAGGGAACUUUGCACUAUUGGGGUAUGAUGGUUGGGUCAGUUGAAAAAAGGAAACCUUUUCAUGCCUUUAGAUGUGAGCUUACAGUAGGUAAUGAUUAUGUGUCCUUUUUCGAUGGCUGUAACGAGAACUUCAAUCACUGUAGUCUAAGACCUGAUCUAUAGAUGACCUAGAAUAGCCAUGUAAUAUAAUGUGAUGAUUCUAAAUUUGUACCUAUGUGACAGACAUUUUCAAUAAUGUGAACUGCUGAUUUGAUGGAGCUACUUUAAGAUUUGUAGGUGAAAGUGUAACACUGUUGGUUGAACUAUGCUGAAGAGGGUAAGUGAGCGAUUAGUUCAGCCCUUGCCGGGCUUUUUUUUUUUUUCUCCACCUGCCAAUUCUACAUGUAUUGUUGUGGUUUUAUUCAUUGUAUGAAAAUUCCUGUGAUUUUUUUUAAAUGUGCAGUACACAUCAGCCUCACUGAGCUAAUAAAGGGAAACGAAUGUUUCAAAUCUA